UAUAUAUAUUUGUUUCUCACACAUUUUUUAUUUGUUUUUCAUUGUCACAAAUUCUGGGAUCAACUAAAUGUGUCUUGGACAUGAUUGGGCUGAACAUAAUUGGACUGCUGGACUUAUUGGGCUGCUGGACUGCUGGAGUACAUGAUUAGGCGAGAAGAGAUAACUCAAUUCAUUCAUUUUAUGUAUCACAUAUAUUUUCUCUCUCUUCAUGGUUGUAUGAGUUGCACUUAUCAAAGUUCCAGAAUCAUAUUGGUUCCUUUCCUUCUCUCUCUUAGGGUUUGAUAGAUCAUACUGUUCUUGCUGAUCUUGUAUUGAGAUCAUCAUUCGUAGUAUAGAUCAAAGAGUACAGAUCAUCGUGUUCAUGAUCUGCUGGUGAGUUGAGAGGCUAUUUUAGUGCAGUUCGUUAAAUCUAUUCUUGUUCUUGUAUUCAUUAAAUCUGUUCACGUUCUUGUAUCAAAGUUCUUAUUAAGCGAUAUACAAAGUUUCUGGUUAUGGAUCCAUGUUUUUUUGACAGGGAUUAAUGCGGGUCCAAAGGAUGCGUCUUAUAUUGUAGGUUGUGACACAGACAAUGAAGAGUCUUGGACCGCAAUUGAACAUGAUAGUUUUAUUCUAGUUUGACGCAGGUCAUUAGAACGUUUGAGGAGGGAAAACUUCCGUUCGAGAAGUAUGUUUUCAUUUUAAGGGAUACAAUGGGCCUCGAUCUUCUUGUACAAGCCGUAGCCAUUGGCAAAGGGAAACAAGACCUUACUAUCAAGACCCGAACGCGAUUAACAAGCAAAAAAGUUGAAUCUACUUGCUCGUCUCUUAAAACAGAAGAAAUUGUUAACAUUUUGAAGGAUCUAAUUGGAUUAAGCAAAGUACGGUUAAAUGAGUUCUUCUGGGCGGCUGUGUGGCCUAGGCUUUUGGCUAGAGGAUGGCACUAUGAAAAGGCUAGAAACUAUGCGUUCCAAAACUCGAAGAAUUUAGUGUUUCUUGCACCUGGUGUGACGAAGUUUUCAAGGAGGAAUCUGGUCAAAGGAAGUCAAUAUUUUGACUCGUUGAUUGAAGUGCUGAAUAAAGUUACAUCUGAACCGCACCUUCUUGAACACGAACCUGGCAAGGACCGCUUGGUCGAGCCACAUGAAACAUACCGGUCAGAUGAUGAACGAGAUUUGUUGAAAUGCACAGUUGUGGAUACCAGUUUGGUUGGCCUUGUUAAGGUCAAAGAGCUGACAAGUUUGACUGUUUUUGAACCUGCUGAUAUGCAAGCGUCGGCUAGUGUUUUUGGAGAAACUGAACACGACAUCGCAGAAGAAUCUAGCAUUGAAGAUGUGAAUCUUAAUAGAGUGGAAAAUACCAAAAUGGAUCUCUCUACAGAUGGGCAACCAGCAAGAAAACAGAAGUUGGUAUUCAUACGAAAAAGAAAACGUCAAACAGUUGAUAAUAUUAAAAAUGACAACACUCCUGGUAAAGAUGAGGAUACGGAAGAUACUGCAUGUUCUGAUAAGAAGCAUACAAGGAUAGUGAUCGACUUGAACAGCCCUCGAGUGGGUCCACGUUCAGAUGAUGAUAACAAAUCAUCUUUUGCUGACUCCAACAAGAUUGACUCGUUGACUCCUCUUGCAAAUGGUCAACGACAGAGUAGAAGAAACCGUUCAUUGACCAAAAAAGCAUUGGAAGCUCUUGAGAUCGAGUUUAUGAACCCAAAAAAGAAGAGGAUAGAGCUAGAGGAUGGGACUCGCAGGCAUGUUCAUGCUAAAAUGGGUCGUGUAUCAAGUUGUGGUGCGCGUUACUUGGUGGAUGGAGUCUUUGAUGGUUCUUCCCAUAUGGUCACUGAAUCUCCCAAAUGACAUGAGGUUGACUUUCUUAACUAACAGCUUGUUGUGGUCAAAUCAUACUUACAUAGUUAUAGAGUGUGCUUGAUUUUUAUUUAAACAUGUUGAGUUUAUAUUUACCCUAUAUAAUUAUUUUCAGUUCAAUCAUAUGUCAUAAGUAUUAGCGGGUA